GCAUCAAUUGGAUGGAGUACAAAAAGCAGUUGAAGAAGGCAGAGCAAUGGAAUGUCGAAGUCUACUAGUUCUUGUCUUCUUGUACAGGAUAGGGUUACAAGUGUUAUUUGUUUUGGAAAGCUCGAAGGAUCUAUCCAUCAAUGGCGGAGGAAAACAGCAGAUCGAGAGGCACUGUGAGGUGGUUCGAUGACCAGAAGGGUUACGGCUUCAUCUCCCCCGACCUCGGCGGCGAAGAUCUCUUCGUUCAUCAAUCUUCCAUCAAAUCCGACGGUUUUCGUACCCUUCAGGAAGGUCAAGUCGUCGAGUUCCUCAUCGCCUUAGAGAACGAUCGCACCAAGGCCAUUGAAGUCACCGGUCCUGACGGAUCUUCCGUCGACAAGAUCGGCAAGGAUUUUUACUCCGCCGGAAGAGGCGGCCGCAGUGGCGGUUUUGGAUUUCGUAGCGGCGGCGGAGGAACUGGGAGGAACGGUGGUGGCAAUGCCUAUCGCGGCGGCGGCGAUGGGUGUUAUAACUGUGGAGAGAGUGGGCAUAUGGCGAGGGAUUGUCGCCGCCAAAUGAUGAACGCCGGCGGAGGCGGUGGAGAUGGUGCUUGUUAUAACUGCGGUGACUAUGGGCAUAUGGCUAGAGACUGCAAUCGCGGCCGUGGCAGCGGCGGCGGUGGAGGUGGAGGUGGAGGGGCGUGCUAUAACUGUGGAGGAGUAGGUCAUUUGGCGAGGGAGUGCCCUAGCGGCGGCGGCGGCGGCGGUUAUGGAAGGUUCGGCGGCGGCGGCGGAGGCGGUGGCGGUGGUUUUGGAAGGUUCGCAAGUGUCGGCGGAGGCAACUGCUACAAUUGUGGGGAGCAAGGGCACUUCGCGAGAGAAUGCCCUAACAAUUCCGCAGCUUGACAACUUUCAUGGGGAUCUGAUAAAAGAGUAAUCGUAUAGAUCUCUUCUUCUUAUCUUUUGAUACCAUUAUCUGCUAUUUUCGUUGAGCUUUUUAUUUUUAUUUUUUAUUUUUUAUACAUAAGAUCGUUCUUUUAGAUAGUAUCUGGUUUUGGGUUUGUUAGCGAUCCACUGUUUGCCAAGAAUUUUCGAGUUGGUAUAGAUAUAUAGAAUGGUGGUUCGGUAACUGAUCUAGGGUUUUUGCUUCAUUUUUGGUUCAAUGAACUUGGGAUAAUUUUGCAUUUGGUGAAUUUACUUCUAGUGUUUGUAUAUCCAAAUUUAUGUGAAUUGAUGGUUUAAUUCUCUGCUUGAAUCUUUAAAUGGGAUGUGCAUUUGGGGCUCUGUUAUUAA